AUGCUCAAACUGAUUAUGUUAACAAAAACCCUAAUUUCGUUGAUUCAGUUUUCAUUUCAGCCUCGUAUUACAUAUCUCUCUCUCUUUCCCCUUCCCCUUUCUGACUGUCUAUAUCCAAUUUUUCCAAUAUCUCUCCGUCUCUCUCUCUCCCCGCGUUUUCUCAUUCUUCUUCUUUCUCACCGCCCACACACCGUUUUCCUCGAUCGAUCCGUCCCUUUCUCUUCCGUUACAGGUUUUGGAAUUAGAAGUGCAGUAAUGUCUCCGGCAGCUAGGUCCAAGUCAAAGGAUAAAAAGAUGAGCAAGGAACCACCCAAAGUUGCUUCAAAGCCUUCAAGUGCAAAUGCAGGCGGUGGGGUUCCCACUAGUGGAUACAAUCCUCUUCUCGGGACAUUCCAUACACUUGACACAGCUCCUGUGACUUCGAAUGCUGCUCUUCAUGUCAAUGGUCGUUUCAGAAACAUUGAUGAGACAGAUGACCCUAGUGGGCACUCUAUCGGAGCUGGUGGAGAGUAUGAUGUUGUUUCCAAUAAUGGUAGCUGGUCUGGUGAGUCGGAGGAUCAUAAAGAGAGAACUUCUAAUCUUCCUCCCCGACAAGAGACAUUACCUGGUGCUGAUAAUGACAAGCGGGAAAAAAUCCGUCAGAAAAAUGAGAGGAAGCAUCAACGUCAGAAGGAGAAGCGAGCACAAGAGUUGCAUGAAAAGUGUAGUGGCUAUCUCAUGUCAAGAAAGCUGGAAGCACUUGCUCAGCAGCUUGUGGCUAUGGGGUUCUCCUUGGAACGGUCAACUAUGGCUCUUAUUCUGAAUGAAGGCAGAGUAGAAGAGUCAGUAGCAUGGUUAUUUGAAGGAGGUGAAGAAGCAAACAAAGACAAGGAACACAAUCUUGAUACUGGGGGUAAUUUGAAAAUUGACAUAUCAGACGAGCUUGCUUGCAUCGCACACAUGGAAAUUAGAUAUAAGUGCUCCAAGCAGGAGGUUGAAAGAGCAGUAGUUGCCUGCGAGGGUGAUCUUGAAAAGGCUGAAGAGACUUUGAGAUCACAAAAGCAGGAGCCCGCCUCUGUUCCGUCCAAGCCAGAAGAAAACCAAUUGCCAUUCUAA